AUGGCCAGCUUCUAUGAGAAAUUUGUCGCCUUUGGCGUAGAUAACGACUACAUGAAGUAUGUCGAUUACAUCCCGGGACAUUGGACUGAUUACUCCUCCUCCUCCUCCUCCUCCGAUUCAGCCGGUCUCGAGAGGCUCCUCCGCCUCUUCCAGUCAGCAUGCCUGAUCCUGACGUCCUACCCGCCUCUGGUGGCUACGCUGCUGCCGUCGUCGUGGCCGUCGUCGUCUCACUUGGCAGUGGAGACGUCGCUCCGCCAGCUUCAGAGCCGCUUCAACAUCACGCGCCGCUGGCUGCGGCUCUUCCGCUUCCUCGAGCCCCUCCAGGCCGGGUGGCGGUUGUACCGCGCCGAGAACAAGACGCUCGAGAUGUGGGUGGACGCCCAUGCCAAGACGUGCUUCGGCAUGUUCGGUCUGCUCGAGUCCGUCACCCUCUUCGACCUGAUCGACGUCGACCACCUGGAGAUCUGGGGCCGCGAGAUGGCCGUGCAGAUCAACGUCGACGCCCAGAGGUUCUGGUUCAUCGCUCUCUACCUGUCUGCCCUCAGCUCGGGCAUCAAGCUCUUCCGCAUCUUUAGCAGUAGCCGCAGCAAGCAGGAGCAGGCUGCCGAGGUCAUCGAAGAUGAGAAGGAUGCCAAGCGCGACGACAAGCAGGGUGAGAAGCUCUCGGUGGAGGAAAAGGUUAAGGAGGAGAGGAAGCGCCGCAAGCAGGAACUCGCCAAGAUCAACCAGAUGACCACCCAGCAUGGUCUUGACCUGCUCGCCAGUCUGCUCGAUCUCGUCAUCCCGGCUUCGAUCCUCGGAUGGGUCGAUGUGGCACCUAUACUUGUCGGCCUGGCCAUGUUCACCACCUCCAUCAUCACUGGUGCUGCCGUGUGGAAGAGGAGCGCUCGUCAGCUGGAGCAACGCGCCUGA